UAAAGACGUCUUGUUUCUCCUCUUAUAACUCCACUGCCUUGUCGUCCAAACACAGUGACCAGAAAGACGAGGAUUCAAGCUGACGUGCUUGGGAAAGCUUGAUCCCUGCUCCUUCUUUAGCGAGACUGCGAACCUCGGCGCCUAUCAUCGUGAUCGCAAAAAAAGGUGGUACAGUCCAUUUACGACACAUCACUCGCAGAGCUCUGGACGAAUUACCCAGCUCUAUUCCAACGCCCACGUCCACUCGCCACAUACGACCGCAUUCAGUCGCAUGCCGCGCGCAUCGUAACGACGACCCAAUUACAUCUUUCCCGACCCAGCACCGCACAGCGUAGUCCGCGCGAUGAGCUGGCUCCUCUACCUUCCUGCCAGCCUCGCAGCGCUCAUAAUGUUCCUGCGGCUCGUCUCCCUCGUAUUGCCCCGCGGGCCUGCCGACAUGGUCCGCUUCGCAGCCUUUAUGGUCACCGCUUUCAUCAUGCUUUUGUUUUCCGCGUCGUACGGCGUGGUUGCGAGCAUACUCUGCAGAUGCGCGGGGUACGGUGGACUGAGCCAAUGGACAACUGGCCGGUCAUUCAAGUGGCUCAUGUGGUGGACAACGGGUGUGACAUUCAGUGUGCAUGACAAUGGAAAGAGCGUGGGAGGAAGGAGGGGCGGAGAGGAGGCGUUGUUGGAGAGGCCGGCAGUGUUUGUGGGAAAUCAUCAGUCAGAGCUUGAUGUGCUUAUGCUGGGCUGCAUAUUUCCCCAAUACUGCUCCGUCACUGCAAAAAGCUCGCUGAAGUGGAUGCCCUUCCUGGGCUGGUUUAUGUCACUCUCAAAAACUGUCUUCAUAGACCGUGCCAACCGCGCCACCGCCCGCGCGGCCUUUGACUCUGCUGUUGACACCAUGCGUUCCUCCAGACAGAGUGUCUUCAUCUUCCCCGAAGGAACACGUUCCUACGCCUCCGAGCCCACGCUUCUACCCUUCAAGAAAGGCGCUUUUCACCUUGCCGUGCAGGCCCAGGUCCCAAUUGUGCCCAUCGUCUGCGCAAACUAUAGCAACGUGCUGGAUGCGAAGAAACGGAGGUUCAAUCCUGGCGUCGUGGAUGUCAGCGUCCUACCUCCAAUACCAACAAAGGGGCUCACUUCCGCGGACGUAGAUAGGCUGGUAGAGAAGACGAGGAACGCCAUGAUGGAAGAGCUGGUGAGGCUGAGCCAUGUCAGCGGGACGGGGAAUGGGGUACCGCUGCCGAGGGCGUCUGGCGCUGACAAUGCACGGGGGGAGCUUAGGAAGAGGGUUUAGAAGACAUGGAGAGCUUUACACGAGUUUCAGUCAGGAUUAGUUGAUGUAGCAUCGGUGAGGUAUGGGUUGGCGUACACGGCGUUAAGGCACUUGGGCAUUUAACACAACGGCAGCGCGUGGUGGCAGUCUGUACAGUUAGUAGUUGAAAGAAAGCUCGCGACCAGGGCACUCAUAGCCGCGCAGCACGAAAGAAUAGAAGGCGUGAACAAACGAACCAAACUGGUACUGG